AUGCAUACCACAGCAAAGACAAGAAGGCCUAUGUUUACUCCAUCAGCACAAUACAGACGAGAUGUGCUCAUCUACCCGACCAUGAACGACCACCUACAAGAGCUCUCCACCGGACUCCUCCUGGCUCAGCAGCUGGGGCAAGUGUUGUCGAACGAUGGCCCUGCCCAAGCAAAGGCUCUUGGAACGCUAGAAGUGCUCGAGCACAUCAUCAUCCACCUCCAUCCCUACGACAUCAAAAUGGCAAGAAAGGUCUCCAGGACAUUCAACCAGCUCAUCGUCUCCAGUCCAGCGAUCCGCAAAGCUAUGGUCAUGCUUCCGAUCCAGGCAGAGAGCAAAUUUAUCCAAUGGCAACAGACACAGCAACGUGGCCGCGCAAGUCUUCCUCGUUACGAUGUGCCUGCAGACAUGCUUUUCCAUCCCGUCAUCCAGAAUGUUGUUCAAGAUGACAGCACUGGAGAAAGGUCGUUCAGCAUUGUCCAGAUGCGAGAAGAGUCUUUGAAGAUCACAAAACUGACAAGAUUGUUCCAAAAAGCCCUCACUGUCUACACGAGGCCCACAUUCGCCAAGUGCCAGAACCAUUUUGCAACGCGUCUUCCCAGCUGCCAAAACGACUUUGCUACUCAGCCACGCUGCCGUGUCGUUGGCAUGCGCAUGCGUUGCCAACUAGGUGGUGAUGAACAUUCCACCGAAUGUGUGAUUUACCGCAAGAAGGGGUUCGAAUCGGAGACCUCGUUGCUGUGGCAUUUACUACGGCCCGCGGGCGGAUUUCAGGAAUGCGGAGAUCGAGGGGAGGAUCGCGUGGUAGUGUACGGCAGUGGUGGAUCGUUGUGGGCGGACAAAUUGAAGGCUGAGUGGGAGGCGCUGGCGUGA